GAGAGACGGACACAGUUGUUGUUUAUUUUGAACAUUGUUUUCACGUAAUCGACAUUUUUCGACGUUUUUGUACCACACUAGCAUCGAUUUUACUUGUAUUUCUUAUUCUUGAGAAUUACCAUCAACUGGACUCGUGCAUGAUUGCUCAAUGAAGGAGAAUCAUCAAGCAUUUGUCGAACAUCACAGGAACGAAGAAGACGACGACAAUGCAUCAGUGCAGCGUUUGUUGUAAAGGUUUCCCGAGUGCCUCUAAACUCCAGAGACACUAUCUCAUACACACAGGCCAAAAGCCAUUUACCUGUUUGGUUUGUGGCAAAGCCUUUAGACAAUCUGUACAUUUAAAGAAGCACUCCGAGACCCACACAGCAAAUUACCACAAUUGGAGUCCACCCACAGACAGUUUGCAACAUACUAUACCAGUACCUAUAAACCCUGAUCCAUCUCUUGAGAGAUCUGGACAUGAUUUAAUUACAGAUACCCCACUGUUGCCUGCAGCAUAUUUUCAAAGAGAUGGGACCAUGGAGAGGACACCACCAGAACUGUACACUACAGCCUCAGAGAUCAAACCGCAACUUGAACUUAUCUCACCUGGUGAUAAUGGUUUAUUUAGCAGCCAACAAAACACCCAGCCAGGAGGCCAUUUCUUCACAGAUUUGCUGCAUGAUAACAUGAUUGUCUCUGAUGGAAUGGAGAACAGUGCAUGGCACACAGAUGAUGUCUACACAUGUACAGUGUGCUUGAUGUGUUUUAGUUCCCCUCACCAGCUUCAGAGGCACUUACCAGUUCACAGUCAGCCAAAACCUUUUGAGUGUAACAUUUGUGGGAAGGCCUUCAGACUAAGGGCCCAUUUGAAAAUGCACUCUCAAAUACAUGAACGCAGGCCUACUGGAUUUUCUAAGACUAUCCCCAUUCUAGGGUCUCAGCAAAGCUCUUUCAGAGGUAGAAUGAGGGUGAACCACGAAUGUCCAACCUGCUCAAAGACUUUCUGUUCUCCAUCCAAACUAAAGCGUCAUUUUCUUACUCACACUGGCCAGAAGCCUUUUUCCUGUGAGGACUGUGGGAAAACAUUCAGGCAGGUGUCACACCUGAAAACCCACCUAUAUGCCUCGCAUAAUAAAUCAAAUCUCCAAAAUGUGUGUACCAAACAAAAAGAAAAGCGAAUAGAUGCUAGGAACACAAAUGUAGAUAUGGAACUACAGUGUGAAAUAAGCGUCGGUGCCCCGCAGCACCUGGACAAGUUAGAAAAGUCUUCGCUUCCUGUCAAAGUAGAGCCGAAUGCUAGUGGUACCAGUCAAUUUGAGUGUAGCAUUUGCUCAAAAACAUUCAGCAGUUCAAUUAGACACAGGCAGCAUUACAUGAUGCAUAAAGAAGUAAGACCCUUUCAGUGCCGUGUCUGCGGCAGAACCUUCCGUCUUUCGACCCAUUUAAAGAGGCACCAAGUCAGUCAUAAGAACCAAGAUGAAUCUCAGAACACAAGUCAGGUGGAUGAUCCAAGGGGUGCCGUGUCUGUGUCGAAGACUGAACAUGCUUACCAAAAUUCAGACAAAGGUAUGACUUCUCCAGAGCCUAAUGAAUCGAAAGCUCUUGAACUCAAUAUUAUUGUUAAACCAGAGCACUGGAAGCUGAAUGUGAAAGAUGAUAAAGACAUUCCAGUUUCCACUCUGCAGGAACCUGAAUCAACUGGAAAAUCUCACCUGAAGACGGCGGUAUUUGGUCAAACCAGCAGCCAAUGUAAGAUCAGCCAGAAAGCAAAGAAUCAGCAACUGAACCAUCAGUGUCUUGCAUGCCUUAAAUGUUUCCCUUCUCCAUCCAAACUGCAGAGGCAUAUGUUGACCCAUACUGGUCAAAGACCCUUUGGGUGCCACACGUGUGGGAAGCGAUUUCGCCAGCCAACACAUUUGAGGAUCCACUCCCACACUCAUCUGUGGUCCAAAAAUGGAAAGCAAAGAUAUGCUCCACGUUCUAGACCUCCAUCACUUCGAAUUACUGAACACCGAGAGUCUCCAGUGGGUGUCCAAUUUCAGGAAAAGCUUCCUGAAAAGCACAAUUCUGAUAGGAACGUUCACCUCAAGUCCCCUACAGAGAAACAGCCAGGUCAAGGCAGUACUUUUGCUUGUGGACACAAUGAAAGCAAUAGAAAAAUGCAUUGGUUUCAGCAUUCAACUUCCUCCCUAUCCAAGCCUCAACUCCCUCUCCAAAUGCCACCAGAAACAACACUGAAUCAAAGUGGCCACUUGCAAUUGAAAAAUCAAGCAAUGCCUUCAACGGGAAAAGUUAGUGAUGCCCCUUUCCUGAGUACAGGUCCAGAAUUGGCUUUGAAAGGCGCUGACGCUAUCUCUGUGGGGAGUACAAGCCAGACGAAACACCAGUGUUUGCUAUGUUUCAAAUAUUUCCCAUCUGCCUCUAAACUACAAAGACAUAACCUUGUACACACUGGCUUAAGACCAUUCCAAUGCCUGGCAUGUGGAAAAACGUUCAGACAGGCCACACACCUGAAAGUCCACGAGGGAACUCACAAGUGGAGACCCUUCAGACCUGCCUCUCGACAGGGAAAUAGAAUGAAAGUAAGAAGGCCGCAACAACUUCAGUACCCUAAAGUCUGUGUUCAAGUUCCUGUAACGAGUUCUAUGAAAGCAGAGACAUUCCAUUCAAAUGGUGUGAAUGAAUGGAGACCAUUCCAGGACAAUUUUGAGGAUACCUGUAGUAAUCAACCAAAGGCACAACAGGACAACAACAUUAACAGCACUUCUAAACAGUCCAUACCAAACAAGGUGACCUGUGCUAAAAGAAAAGCACACCUGUGCACGAUUUGUCAGAAGGGCUUUGACACACCAUCAAAACUAUCUAGACACUUUCUCAUACACACUGGGAUAAGACCAUUCAAAUGCAGUUUAUGCACUAAAACUUUCAGACAGCCGUGCCACUUGAGAAGUCAUGAACGACGAACACAUGAGAUUAAAACAUGUAGUGAUGUCCAGGAUAACAGCACAUUUAGGGACCCUGACCAUGAAACUCUUGCCUCUGCUCACGGAAAUACACUGAGAGACAUGCCACAGUCCUACAAAGACAGUUCUGAUCACUGCUCAGUCACUGAUGAGGGUUUAGGUCAUUCUUCAGAGGCAAGAGACCCAAGCUUUGUGGCAAUACAAGACAUAAGCCUACCAAAUGAUAAUAUGGAAUCUGGGAGUAGACAAAGCGAGGACUAUUGGUGCACUGAGUGUCACAGUAAUUUCUUGUCCCCAUCUGAACUUGCUACUCAUCUUAUUGUUCACAGACAUGCCCUAAACAAUGAGAUGACAGGUCAUAAUUCAUUGCAACAGGAAAUGGGGGGUCACAUGCAUUCUAUGCAAAUGGAAUUUCAAACCAAUCAAGUCAUAGCAGAUGCAGACAGUCAUAAUGUUAUCCAAAAUGAGAGGCUUGAUCAUUACUGGCGUGAACCAAUUCACAUGUCAUUUCAGUGUGAUAAAUGCAUCACAUCUUUUGAAACAGAAAGGGAUCUUCAACUCCAUAAAUGUGCCUCAAGAAAUCAAAUUGAGGUUACUCAGUCAAGCACAUAUCGGUGUGCAAUUUGUUUCAAGGAUUUCAAGACUCCUUCCAAACUCCAGAGACAUUAUGUCACCCACACAGGCGAGAGGCCAUUCCAGUGUAAAAUGUGUGAGAAGACUUUCACACAAGCGUCUCAUCUAAAAACCCACCAGCGCACACACAAAUCAGACAUGGACUAAACAUAUAUUUCUGUUUUUAUUGACCUAUAUCUAAUAUGAUUUCUUUCUCAUCUUUUCUCCGUUUAGUUUAAUAUGCCCACCUCACUAUUCAGAAAGGACAAAAUUACCAUAUUAAUGAUUUAAUAAACUGCCUUGUGUUGUAAUUGAAAUGAUUGUGAAAUUACUGUUGUGAAGCCAAGCCAUUUGUGGAAUCGUAUAACAGUGUGCUUGUUAUUUAUUGGUUAUUUAUCACCUGUAUACCUGCCAUAAUUUGCUGUUAUUAAUCCAAGUUUUAGAUGACAUAUUCAGAACAAAUAAAUGUAUAAGUAAAAGUAUUUCUCUGCGAUUUUAUCUUGAUUAGUCAAUUGAGUUAUGCAGAAUUCUACUUGACAUCAUAACUGGUUACUUAAUCAUUAACAUGCUAUCUUGAUACACUCUAAAAAGUAGGGGUUCAACAAGGGUUCUUAUUUGAAGAACGUUAGGGUUCUUGGCACUGAAAAUGGUACCCAAAGGUUUUUCCAAGAACCCCAUAGGUGGGGUUUAUCGAGGAACCUCCUUAGUUGGUGGGGGUUCGUGCAGGAACCCAGCUCCCCAAUUGAAACAUUUGGAUUUGAAAGGGUAGCAGGUGCAGGCACUUAACUGAAAAAUGUAAAGAUCUCAAUUUAAGAGAAGGUUUGUCCCUUGUAUGAUCUAAAUUGAUAUUGUUUUAUGACGAUCGAUCUUUUCAUAUUUAUGCAAAUCUUUCUAAAAACAGAAAAGGGACACAAUUCAAUGGAUAUCAAUCAACAAAGAGUUAAGAAUAUGUUGAAGGCUUGGGUGCAGAUGACUGAACUGCUCACUUUUGUGUCUGCAGGUAUUCAGAAAAGGAGGCAUACAAAGGUAUGUCAAUCGGUAUUGGUAUGUUAUGCAGAUCACAUUACCUCGUCAAUGAAUAUCCCAUAGGCCUCUAUAUUAUGGACACGGUAUGUGUAUGAAAACAAUUAUCAAAACAUUUUUUUUCAUUCACAUUCACCACAAAAACCAAGGUACGAAUACCGUUAGGUGCAUGUUUUGUUAACCAUCUGUACAAUGACUAUUUUGGGGAUUCAGACUUCCCCCUCCCUAUACCGCUGAUGAAUAUAACAGGAAACUUGUUCGAUCACCAUGCACUGCAAAAUCAUUCUGCUAUGGAUACAGAGAUCAACACAUUAGCAUCAACACGCCAGAGGAUAUGCCCUAAUCAGUUAUUGUCAAACCGCAAACGAACUCAGCAUACUUUUACAACCUUUUGUUUUGAGUAGAAAUUCCAGUUUUGACUUGAUAAUACAUAACAUCUAUAAAAUUACAUUUAAAGCUAUAUAAAUCAAUAAUGUUUUCACUAAUAACAGAAUCAUCAAACUAGGUGUGAUUUAUUCUAUAAAUGUCUAGUAUACUUUUACAACCUUUGUUUUGAGUAGAAAUUCCAGUUUUGACUUGAUAGAAAUACAUAAUUUCAAAUAUUGCAUUUAAAGAUGAAGAAAUCUAAUUCAGUGAUUGUCUCAUAAAAAAGUGAAAAUAUGCUUUUAUUUGCAAUAACAUUAAAGAAAUGUUCAUUUCAAAUGCAAUUUGUUAUAUAUGAAGUUAGACAAUGUUUACAUAAAGUUGUACAAUGUUUACAAUCUUAUUAUUAAAUUGUUUGCCAAA